AUGAUGUCCCAGCACUCAGCCUUGACUAGCCUCUUCGGUGAUGAUCCUUUCUUCAGCCAGGAGCGGCUGCUUUGGCCACUGCAUCGUGAGGGCCUCUCCUCACUGCAGCAAGACUUCUUCAACCGGAGAACCCAGCUGGCUAACAGCCUCUUGAGGGAGCUCCAUGAUGGGCCUCACCUUCUGGGGCUUUGCCAGCUGCCCUUUAUUUCCAAUUCUCUGGCCAGGUAUGUAAAAUGCAACUGCAGAUCUUGUUUGUUUUGUUUUAUGGUGAUCUCAGAUAGUGUAUGGUUUGCUCUAACACAUAUCUGUUAAAGAGACAGCACGGUCGAUGUGAAUUUGAUCCAAGUUGGAUGGUUAAUAGCGACGAUCAGACCUCUAUUUUUCCACCUUAAGCUUUCAUUUAUGUUUUUUGAUCAUACACAUCCCUGACUAUAAAGCACAUUAAGCUGUUUAGCUAAAGAUUGUGUUAGGUAUGCUAAAAUAAGGGCAGAAUUACAAUUCAAGAUUAGAAAAGACUCCAAAUGUCUUGGUGCCAUUACACUCCUAUGUUAAGUCAUGAUGGUCAUUGAGUUAAACAAGUCUGUGAAAGUCUUUGACACAUCAAUGUAGGUCAUGAAUCUGACUCAGAUCUUGUUCCCCUUUCAGACGUGGUAGCUGUGAACAGGAGAGGAGGGCUUCUUGCACAGAACUACAAAAGGAAAACAAAGAUGACCUCUUGGUGACCCUAGAUGCCCGUGGUUAUUCCCCAAAUGACAUCACAGUCAAACUGGAGGGGCGGAGCCUGGCAGUGGUUGCCAUGAAGCAGGCUGGAGCAGAAGAGACCCAGUCCUGCUCCUCCUCUUCCUCCUGUGCUUCCUUCUGCUCCUCUGCCUCAUCAAAGACGGGAUUUGCCCAGAAGAUUGAUCUGCCAGCCCACCUUGAUCUGUCCGGCCUCUCUUGCUCCUUGAUGGAUGAUGGACAGCUCUGUAUCCACGCCCCUGCAGCCAAGCAACAAACCAGCGAGGAGAGCGAAGUGCCGAUUCGUUUCAGGACAUCCCUUGAAUUUCCCAUCACCAAUGACAACACAGAGAAGGAAAGCACGGACUAA